AGUCCCUCUACUUGUAGAAUACGAGACUUUUCGUAGUCACAAAGGUAGGAUUACUGGUUGAUUAGUUUUCUACUCAACUGGCUGGUCUUCGAAGCAGUUGAACACAACAUUAGUCUUUUUGACCAAUAUCUAUAUUGUUUCCAUAACGACAUGUUUAUGUUCUUUCGGGUUUAUUUCGUUUCAUAGAAGUGAUGCAGUGAGUGAAUAACAUACGUGUGAUAAGCUAUGGAUAUUUCCCUAUUUAAGGGUUCAGAAGCAAUUACAGCAGCAAGACACGAAGAAGGUUGGAGUGUACCGUGCUAUAAAUCUUUGUUAACGCGAGAAGAUAUUUCGAAAAACCGCGCGAAGACGAUGGCUCCAGAAAAUUCGUUUGGGGCAUCUAACAAAAGCAAGGAUGUCAAGAAUGCCACGAAUAAAAUUACAAUUCGUCAGUGGCAAAUUCUGCUGCUUUUGUCAGUGAGCAAUCUUGUGAUUGCAGCUUGUAUAUCAUUACAAGCUCCCUUCUUUCCAAGAGAGGCAGAAGAGAAAGGUGCAUCUCCUACCAUAUAUGGUUUUGUAUUUGGAGUUUACGAGCUUGGUGUCUUUAUAUCUUCUCCAAUCUAUGGAAAAAUUAUUUCUUGGAUCACACCCAAAUUCUUGGUCAAUGCAGGGCUAUUUGUUGCAGGAACAACAACUAUAUUGUUUGGUUUCCUAGAUCAUUCGCCACCUGGGACACCAUUUAUUGUUUUAGCCAUUUUAGUUCGAUUAGUGGAAGGAUUUGGAGCUGCGGCGUUUGUCACUGCAAGCUACACUUAUGCCGCUGCAGAAUUUCCAGGCAGAGUUGCUUCAGCAUUCGCAACAAUCGAAACGUUUUUUGGGUUAGGACUCCUGCUUGGGCCUACGAUAGGUGGUGCUUUAUAUCAGGCUGGAGGAUACCCACUUCCAUUUGUUGUACUUGGGGCGACCCAACUUUUUGUGGAGGUUUGUUCCAUAUUUAUUCUUCCACGGCCUGAUCGCAAUGAAAAGCCGAAGUCGGGCAACAUGUUCAAAUUUUUAGCUGAUACCGGAGUACUUCUUGAUGGGCUUCUUAUCACAACAACUUUGGUGUUCUUAGGAUAUAACUCAGCGACGUUAGAGCCUCAUCUUCGCCAGUUUGACUUGCAACCGGUUGUGCUGGGCACCAUUUUCAUGAUAACGGCAACUAUCUACGUUAUCACCACGCCAGUGUGGGGAUGGCUGUGUGACCGUGGUUUUGACCCCAAACUGCUCGCGGUCAUCGGCGGAGUCAUGUGUAUUGUUAGCCUCAUUUUAAUUGGUCCAGCUCCAUUUCUACCGUUUACAGCGGAACUUUGGAUGGUGAGCAUAAGUUUAGUUCUGUGUGGAAUUGGGCUAGCAGCAAAAUUUGUGUGUGCUUUUAUUUCUGCUUUGAAUGAUGCACUAAAACGUGGCUUUCCUGACGAUAUGUCAACACAUGGUCUUGUAUCAGCGUUGUGUACCAUCUGUAUGUCCAUAGGAGCUUUCAUUGGGCCAACCAUCGGUGGAUACCUUUUGGAGCAUUUAGGCUAUCGUCAAUCCACGUUCAUCCUUUUGAUUAUGGAAGUUUCUUUGAUGAUUCUUCUCACACUUUACAUGAUAUGGAGAAAAGUGAAGCUUUUGAAAGAAAAUCCUGAAAAAAGAUCCCCAGCCAAUUCUUCUGAAGCCACACCAUUGUUAAGUAACUCCAAAUGUACCACUUUUACGCAAACUCCAGAGUUAUACACAUGUUUUUAGUGUAUAUUUUCUUACAAAAGUUAUAUUGUUUUUAAAACUAUACUUAAUAGAUAAUAUGUUUAUAACGUUGGAAAAGCUGGAUCAAAGUUUUUGUCUAGCUAUUUUUGAAAUUACAUUAAUUAAUUGCAAUGUUUAAUUUACGUUGAUGUGAACAUUGCCUUUGUUAGAAAUUUUGAAAAAUUAAGCAGUUCUCGGCACUGCUUACUAUGAGUAUUUUUAAUGGUAAUUAUUUAUAGUGAGACAUUCUGGACUUCAUUUUCUCUGGGCCUUUCGAGCUACACGAGUAUGUAUGGUGUUUUGAGUUGACUUCCUUAACUCAAUAAAAACUGGUGAACAAAAAGAUAGAUUGAGCUACAUAUGUAUUUUAGUAAAGUACUACAUGUUUCGUUAACUAUACACCUGGAAAAAAGUUAAGCACCCCCAAAUAUUU